CAUUUUUGUUUUCAUAUUUCAUUUCGAAUCCCAAACCCAAAAGCUUGUCCUUUUUCAACUUUAAACACAAUCCCAUAUCAAAUAAAAGACCCCUCUCCCAAUCUCUCAUUUUCAAAACCUACAAUCCAAUGAAGAAAAUCCCAAUACCUCCACUCUUUCCUCUUUUUAUCACUCUAAUAGUAAUAUUCUCUCAUGGUGCAACAUCAAUCUCCCAACAAUUUAUGGAAGCCCCCCAAUUCUACAAUGCUCCCACAUGCCCCAAAAUGGGACAGGACGAGGCAGCGCAGUUGGUUCCAGAGAGCAAGAUUUGCUCAAGUGAGGCAGUCCACGUGGCAAUGACCCUCGAUGUCGCCUACCUCCGCGGCUCGAUGGCCGCAAUCCUGUCCACACUCCAACACACCUCCUGCCCACAAAAUGUCUUCUUCCACUUCGUCGCCUCUGCCUCCGCCAACGCCACCCUCCUAACCUCCACCGUCACCGCCUCCUUCCCGUACCUCAAUUUCCAAAUCUACCUCUUCCGAGACUCCGCGGUGGCGGGGCUCAUCUCUACCUCGAUCCGCUCCGCCCUCGACUGCCCCCUCAACUACGCCCGGAGCUACCUCGCCGACCUCCUCCCCACCUGCCUCCGCCGCGUCGUCUACCUAGAUUCCGACCUCAUCCUCGUCGACGACAUUUCAAAACUCGCCGCCAUCCCGCUCACCGGCGGGAAGGUCCUGGCCGCGCCGGAGUACUGCAACGCCAACUUCACCUCCUACUUCACCCCGACGUUCUGGUCAAGCCCUUCCCUCUCCCUCACCUUCGCCAACCGGAAAGCCUGCUACUUCAACACCGGAGUCAUGGUAAUCGACCUCGAGAAAUGGCGUGGCGGCGGAUACACGGCGAGGAUCGAGGAGUGGAUGGAGCUGCAGAAGAGGAUGAGAAUCUACGAGCUGGGAUCGCUGCCGCCGUUCUUGCUGGUGUUUGGCGGGGAGAUUGAGGCGGUGGACCACAGAUGGAACCAGCAUGGCCUCGGAGGGGACAACUUCCGAGGCCUGUGCCGCGAGCUCCAUCCGGGGCCGGUGAGCCUGCUGCAUUGGAGCGGGAAGGGGAAGCCGUGGGCCCGCCUCGACGCCGGCCGCCCCUGCCCGCUCGAUGCGCUAUGGGCGCCUUACGAUCUGCUCAAACCUCCCUAUUCCUUUGAUUCUUGAAUUUUAUUUUUAUUUUUUUGCUUUCAACUUGUGCAUAUUAAAUUAACAUCAUCGGAGAUAUAUACAUAUUACCUGAUUAAUUAUAUGUGAUAGAUACAUUUUAAGAUCAUUAAUUCCAAAAAGUUGGAUUA